AUGUCAACAACAGGUUACGUCCCUCCGCCCGACCAAACGGCCACUCAACACGAAGGAACAUCUUCCUUGGCUAUCAAUAAUACAUUGCCUCGUCGUUGGUUGACACUCGUUGCACUCAAAACAUCCGCGCGCUUCUAUAAACACGAUGGGCCUUGCAUCCCCAUCUCAAAAUCUCUCAUCGUCAAGAAGGGCCCAUUUGUCCACCUCACUGAAGCUGCUACCAUGGAGUUCGUAGCAGCCAAGACUACUAUUCCUGUCCCAACCGUUCACUGCUCCUUCGUGCACAAGAACCGAGCGCAUAUAGUCAUGCAGCGCAUUCAGGGAAAAAGCAUAGCAGAUGCCUGGAGAGACUUGUCAGACGCUGAUCGAUCAAACAUCUUUGCUCAGCUACGGCGCAUGUUUCAGGAACUUCGGUCUCUUACUCCAGCCCCCAAUGCAGGGAUUGAGAGCUGUAUAGGCGGUUCAUUACGCGACUCUCGUAUACCACGGUCGAGACCAAGAUUUGGGCCAUUCAAGACUGUUCAAGAUUUUCAUCGAUGGCUGCGCGAUGAUUUUCAACCUCAAGAUCACCCUGACCGUGUCGAUGAUCAGGAUUGGAGAGACAUCAAAGAAAUGAUUAUGAAACAAGACGGCCCGUGGCCACCGCCUGUAUUUACUCAUGGAGAUCUGAACCCUUUCAACAUCUUAGUACGGGAGGAUCAAGUCGUUGGUAUCGUCGACUGGGAAUUUGCCGGUUGGUAUCCGUACUAUUGGGAGUAUACAUCUGCAUGGUUGGGAAAUCUUAUUCGGCAGGGCUGGCAAGAGUCGCUUACCAAGUUUUUGGAUUCAUAUCCUGUGGAGCUAGAGAUGGAGAAGACGAGGGACAGAUGGUGGGGAGAUGUCUGA